AUGUCCUUUCCCGUGGAAACAACAAACAAAGAAGUUAAUGAAAAACUAAAAGAUAAAAUAACCACAGGGGAAUACUCACUUGGAGAUCUGAUUGUGCCACAGUCAUUCACCAAAGCAAUUUUAAAAGAAGACAAGAUAAUACAUGAAACUGUUGAGGUCAGUGGACGGAAAAUGCCUUUAACAGAAAUAAGAAAGAACAUGUUGGAAAAGCAUUUGCCAUUUAUGCGACUAAGAUCUGAUAAGGAUUAUGAAAACAUGACACAAGAAGAAUUGAUUCUUAACUUAAAAAGAAUUAACGAGUUCAGUGAACAAAUGCCUUCAGAAGAGUAUGUACAUACCUUAAAGUGUUUUGAAAGGAGGCGUCAUUUGAUGUUUUGGCAUGAUGGGUCAUCUAUAGCUAGCCACAGCCAUGUCCUCAUGCUUGUUGCAUGUAUGUACGACCCUGCUUUAUUUCUCACAGAUGACGAGUAUAUGGAAAAUACUAAAACAAAAAUAAAUGUGCAAGCUGUGAUUGAAAAGCCGGAGUUUUACAUUUUGGCCAGAUGUCCUGCAACUGACCAGCAGCUUUUAUAUUCAAAUGAACGCUGCAAAGAUAUCAUAGAAAUGAGGAAAAGUGUUGGACAUGGUAUAAAUGAUGUAAUGAGAUUUUUCAAGGGUGACAGUCCCGCAGCGGCAUUUGAAGCUGGGCAGCAAAAAGGUGGCAAUUUUUUUUGCUCUGUACACGCUGUUUGUGUUAGCAGUCUUGUACAUACUUUUAAACAACAACAUCUGUCCUUGCAAGAUCGGGUCGGUCAUGCUUUAUCUUCUGUCGAAUCAUGUAAUAAACUUAAAAGUGGAGCAGUAAAGUUACACAAUGGAUUGAAGAAGCAUGAGCUGAUAAAUGAACUUCAUCAACGAAAAAUAAAGUUCUCCUGUGAUCUCCCUACAAAGGAGUUAAACAACUUGCUUCAAGAGGAAAUGCAUGGAAUUCAAAGGUUGCCAACCCUCAUGUUUGGGAAGUCCCAUAGAUUUUUGAGUGAGCUCAACCUUGAGGGAUACGAGAUAUUAAAUAAUGAACCUUUGCAUGAUGUGUCAAACUACAUUAAAAAUAUCUACUGUGAGCUUCCACAUCAUGUAGGUGCAAAGAAGAAGACUUUAUUAGAAAUAAUUGAGGCUUCGUUUAAUAACAAGGAAGCAAAAAAUGCCUCUGAUUACAGAAGAAGCCUGCUGAUCGUAACAAAUUGGGCAUUAAAAAAUUUAGAAGGCCACUUUGCAUUGAAACUGCUGAUCUCACUUUCAAAGAUCCAGGAAAUAUUGUACUUGCCAGCAAAUAGAAGAAGUAUGCCAAGUAUUCUGCAUUUGAUAAUUGCAACACACUACCACGCCAUGUUGAUAAAACUCCAUAUCCGUGGUAAAUUAACAUCACUGACACAGAGUUUGGUGUGUAUUACCAUUCUAUUAUCAGACAUUCUGGCACACAGCUACGUCUUGUUUCUGGUCGUACAGCCAACACUGAAAAAGAAGAGGCUAGUUUUAAUCCCAUCAAGACCGUAAUUAAACUUACAUCAAAUAACCAUCCAGAAAACAUCAUAUGUAAUGCCCUGAUCAGAAUGCAAGCCGCAAUAAAAUUAGGUGCAGGCCAAAAUGCAGUGAGCAAAGAUAAAUCAUUUGAGGAACUUUCCCAAAGAAUACAGAGACAUUCAACAGGUAGGUUCUAUAUUUUACCCAAUGUGCUAUCGAUAUUUUGCGUUUUGACUUUAUACUUUGUUUUUUGAUUUGAUAUAUAAAAAAGAUUAUGUUAUUUGUGCUCUGGUUACAUAGAACAGAACGUCCUUUCAAUCAACUAAUCAACUGCCAUGAAAUGAUGGUGAAAUUAAAAUUGACGUCGCCCUAAUUUUUAGAUUUCUAUGGCUGAAGUAUUUACAUUAAUGAAGAGAACAGCAAUAGUUCUAUUAUUUAUAAAAAAUAUAAAAUGCGUUUCUUUGCUUAAUAUUAUUGU